AUGCGUGUCUCUUCAUUAGAUGUAGUCCUACUAGUGGUGCUACUGCUAUCGAGCACAACGCGAUGCCUUUGCGAGGAUGAUGAAAUCGGUGGGAUAUCCCCUAUCAGCCCCCCAACGACCGCCUCGGGUCGAGCUUUCAGGGGGGAUACAACCGAGCCCGUCAUUUUCACCAGUGAAUCACGCGUACACGAUCUAAAGGCUCAGGUCUUGGGACCCCGUUGUGAAGACUGCGCUUGUUUUACAGGGCCCUGCAGCCGUACCUUGGGGGGCUUGGAUCAAACCAACGCCACCUGUCAGGCGAACACGCCCCCCAUAUCAGCCUGUUUCCCCGCUCACACAGCCCAUGAUGGGAGGAGUCAUGAGAGGGGUUUGCGGGAAUCCAUGACCCUGGAAGGUCUCGUCCGUGGGUUUCGUGAGCGCAUCUCCUUCGCUUGUCGGCUGUAUGCCACAAAACCGAGUCAGGCGCCUACAAGGAAGGGGUGUGGUGGCUCUGGGAUCACCUCCAACUCGGGCGUUCCAUCGCGGGGUUCCCCUCCGACGCCCCCUCGAUACCGUGCACUCGAUCCCGCUAAUCCAGAGAGUGGGGCGGUGCACGUUUUGUUAGGCCUCCCUGAGGCCACCCUGCAAUCACCCCUACACGGCAGGGAUAUGUCUUUUCUUCACGCCCGGAUGGUUCGUUCUCGGCCUCCAGGGGAAGAGCCCUCCCCUUUCAUGGAGGAGGAUUCGGCCCCUGUAGCUCAGGAGGCUUCGAGAAACGGCAAUGAGAGGUUGGAGUCAUGUUUUUUUCGGGUGAUGGCCGCCAUACGGCCCAUUUGGGCUCGGAUGAGGAGCUACCCUUGGUACUAUCCGGGCGCGUUGGCGCGGUUGUUCGCGGUUCGCGUGAUCACCAUCCGCUUCCCGGUGGAUCCGCUCGUUCACGAGGCCGACGCGGCAGCGGACGGGUUCGCGCGUUCGGUUUUCCGAGGGAAGCAGCAGGGGCAGGGCGCCACACGUCUAUCGAGGGCGGCACUUUUUAGUGAGGGCUCGCUGAAGCGCCUGCGGAUUGUCUCCUACCCCGCGGUGUCGGUCGAGCUCGAAGAGCUCACACCGUUGCGGCAACUCGCUUCGCGUGAUCCGAAUGGUAAGACCUCGUUAGACAAAAUUCGCCUUACAUGCGACUUUCCCUCAGUUCUUUACACCCGGGCAUAUUUACAGAGGUUUCGGGGACUUCAAGACGAUCCAGAGCGCACGCAUUCCUUGAAAAGGAGAGCACGGACUGACGAAUACAUUGACGAGGAAGAGGACCAGGACUACGGCCGACACGUUGGGGUCGGAGGGGAUGGUUUGUUGGGACGGCUAUUAGCCGGACGCGAGCAAGGUCUCGCUUCUGGCGGCGUCAUCCGUUGGAUUUGCCUUCUGUUGAAGCGUUUUUUGGGUUUCUCUCAACGCCGCGACAAUGGCUACGUCGAUCUCCACUCCGAACAAACUGACGAUUUUGGCGAAGAAAGAGACAACGGAGAAGCUCAUAUCUUCAAUGCAGGUGGUGAUGAAAGUCAUCCCAGGCCCUCUCCACAAGUGAUGCAUGAGAUGAAGGACUUCUUAUCGCGGCUACGCGAAGAGUUAGGGCCUUACCAGCCGCACGUACAAUUGUGGUUGCCUGAGUGGAUCCAGCAGCUGCUUGGCCGUCGUGUUCUUUCGGUGGAGAAAUACAUAGAAGAGCGUGAUAGAGACCAGGGAAGUCAACGCAACGCAUCCUCAAAAGAGGGACGACGUACUAUAACUGCAGCCACGAAAUCCUCGCAGCCGAAGGACUUUUACUUCAUAUGGAAAGCAACACUGCCAGCAACGCAGACGACGUGCCUCGCGCUAGCAGCCGUUCAAUCCACGCGUAACCGGUUAGAUACCGCGUCAUCCCUGCCUAUCCACCUUGAGGAAUCUCUUGUCUUCGAUUUUCUUUGGCUAAAGCUUGGCCUCGUGCUGGUAGGUCUACGCCUGUUUCAGGUUCGUAUGGCGGACAGCCGCCUUUUGCGUAUCCUCUUCAGCGCAGUAUACGGGAGCUUCAUUCUGAUCAUCCUUUUUGUUUUGCAUUUCGUGAGAGAGUUUCAGGCGCUGAGUGUGGGAAGGAUCGGCGUGGUUGUGAUUCUCGCGGUGGGCGGGGUUGCUGCGCUUGCGGAGGUCAUGCUAAGCGCGGUAGGUUAUGUAUUGGCUAACCCAGCCGUUCUGAGCGCCGGCAUGUUUUCCUUCCUUCCUCUCAGCCUUCAGGAGCUUUUAAGGGGAUUGCCGGGGGUUGUGUCUUGGGGGAUUGUUCUGCUGUUCGCAGGCAUGCUGUCAUCAUUGUUGAUGCAUCUUUUCUUUUCCGACCGCCUUCUUUGCGUCGGCGCACGCUGGGGAAUGCACGGCCUUGUGGUGACCAACUUCCUGUUGCUCAUCGCGCAGAAUAGGGAGGCUACCUUUCUAGUCCUGUUAUUGUGGUAUGGGGGAUCUUUUGCACGCACUUUUUGGUCCUGUCUGAUGGGAGUCCUUAAGAAUGAAAGGAGGGCUGAGUCGAACAUCCCCGAGGAGAACCUACCACCUGCUGCGCACCGCGAAAUACCCUUUGCAAGGCCUAUGACAGUAGAAAGCGGACGCUAUCUUGCGUGGAAGGCGGCCAUUCAGAAAAGAGAUGCCAGCAACGCGCAACACGGAGUCUCCUCGAGUUAUGGCGUCCAGAAAGAUCAUAAAUUUCUUUUUCCAGUCAGUCAUAGAAAGAUAUCGCUGUACGAGGAGGAAGGGGCUGCACAUACACGCCGAGCCCUCGAGGAACUGGCCAUGCAGGUCCGCACAAACCCUGAAAAAUACUCUCAACGACUGCGGGAUCCGAACACCGUUUAUCAGUGGGCUGGUGUGGGGGUAUGUGAUAGUGAGAGCGAUAUUUCAAGAGACUCAAAGUAA